AUGGGGAGAAAAAUAUUGAACGAUGCCUCGAGAACAAUCGUCAAUGUCGAAAAGAGAGGAUUCGCUUCGGUGGAGCUCAAGCCUGUCUCCAACGUCAUGGCUUCCUUCAUUCAAAUCAUGAAACAUGAUAUCAAGGCUCCUAAUAUCAAGAAUUACAAAACAGACACUCUUCCUACUGAUCAGGGAUGGGGGAAUAUAAACACCGGUGAGUGUAGUAUGGAAAACUUGGAGCAAAAAAAUUCAAGCGGUGAUGGUGGCGGCACCGACUCCUCAUCGUUGUUGAUCCUAGACGUCACAGCAGCGUUCUUCAGCCUCUGA